CUUGGAGUUUUUUCGUUGCUAGGGUUACCCAAUGACUUGCGCGAUUGUUUGUUAGUUGAGCUGGUGGAAAAAAAGUUAAGAUUUUACUGUGUUUUAAUAUUACCCUUCAAUGGAUGAUAUUGGAAGUUUAGAAGUCAGGUGGAUACAAGGCUUUACAAACAAGAGUGUCGAGUUUGUGGACAAUAAAACAGUAUGUUACACUUGUGGGAAUCAUAUCUGCUUCCUAAACCUGGAGACAAAAUUGCAAAGUGUUCUUCCGGGCCCUGGUAGAGGCAUUGGUGCAUUGACAGCCAAUGGCAGCAGUGGGAUUUUUGCUUUUUCUGGGCAAAAGUUAUUUCCAUCUAUAUUUGUGUACAGUUUCCCUGAACUUCAGUUGAAGAAUGAGUUAAAAGGAACAGCACAACUGGACUACACAUCUCUGACAUUAAGUGAUAGUGGUCCUUAUUUGGGCUGUUGUUCCUCUCUUCCAGACUACACCAUAACAGUGUGGAACUGGGAAAAUGCUGAGCCAAUCUGUACACAACCACAAGCUGGGCAGGAUGUAAUUUCUUUGGUGUUCAACCCUCUGAAUUGGCUCCAACUUUGUGCUUUGGGCACUACAUCCAUCACUGUCUGGAAUAUUGAAAAGAGCGCCAGCUUUCAUGUCCUGAAACCAUGUGUGAUAGAGCUUCCAGCAACUGAUGGUUCCUUCACUGAAAGAUUGGUGCCUACCCCUCAUACUGUCAGCGACCAGCUUCCUUAUUUUGGUCCAGAGAUGCCUCCAUCUGCCAUCUCAGGGCUCAAGGGAGACAAGGCAGAAAGCAUUGUGACUAAACUCUGCACCAAAGCCAGACUAACUCCUGCUGCCAUAUGCUGGACAGCCACAUCAGAGCUCUAUGUGGGCUGUGCAGAAGGAUUUCUGCUCCUUGCUGACCCUGAGAGCCCCUCUGUCUCAGUCCUCUUCAACCCCACAACUCCUGAUGCCAUCCCCCAACUCAGACAGAGCAACUUUCAAGGUUUAACCCUUAACAAGAAUGGUUUGAUUGCUGUAGGGAAGGACUGUGUGGUUCACUGUCUGCAAAUCAAAGGGACUCAGAUUGACAUCACACAAACAUGGCAGUUAGACAGACCUGCUAAAACUGUGAUGAACUCCCCUGACUAUGAAACUUUACUUUUAUCUUCCAGUACAGGGCAGAUCUAUGUAUUGAACCCAACCCUGUCAAACAACUUUGUGAAGGUCCUGGAUGUGCUCAGCGGGAACUUUGUGGCAGCAGCUUUGUUGUACACUGAAAAGAACAUUUGUGUGUCAGUGAGGGAUUCUGGAGAACUACAGCUGUGGUCCAAAGAUGGCAUGUGCCUCAGUUCCCUGUCUCUUCAAGCUGAGGUGACAAGUCUGGCCUGCUGUCCUAUUGCACAAUAUGCAGCUGUGGGAACAACCUCAGGAAAUAUCCUCUUCAUUGACUUGAACAAGGAGCAGCAGCCUCGCCUGGUGCAUCAUGUUCAGCUCUACCACACUCCUGUGGAUCAUCUUGUUUUUGAUCAAGAGGGGCAUUACCUUCUCACUGGUGCCUCAGAUUCACAUAUCUAUGUACUAGAUGCAAAACCAUCAAAGAAGUUUUCAGUCAUAGGAUACACAGUUGUUCCUGGACCCAUUUUGUCACUUUCCACUCAGUGCAUCAGGGACUGUGAACAGGUGAAAGUUCUUGCUCUGUGCUCUGGACAGGAGGGCAAAAAUCAUGGUGGUAGUCUGCUCACACUACUUUGUCUGCCCAUGAAGGACCUUGCAGGUCCUGGCUGUGUAGACCAACAUGGUUGUCUGUCUACUCACACUCUCAAAGUGUCCAGAUAUGAAGUGCCUCAUCCACUUAAAUCCUGUGUUCUGGGAGUCAGUGAGGUCUUUGCUUAUUGCCACAGGAGGAAAACUCUUCAGCGAUUUCAGCUUCCCCAGGACACAGACGAACUCUCCAGUCAACAGGUGUUCCAGCUGAAACCAGAGCAGGAGGUGAGGGGUCAUCCUCUGGGCCCUGCCUCUCUCAUUCUGUCUCCUCAUCAGUUAUGGCUGGCUUCUGCAGGCCGAGAUGGUCUACUCCGUGUUAGAGAAACUGCCUCCAUGGAGCGAUACAUUGAGCUGCAGUGCCACUUGUGCUGUCAUGGCGGAAUUCGGAGUCUGACCUUCUCUGCAGACAGCCAGACACUCCUUACCACUAGUUUUAAAGACGGCUCUCUUGUGUGCGCUAAUCUCAGAAUUAAAGAUGCAGAUUCUGAGGUGAACAAAGCUACUCAUCAUAGUCGGUCUAUGGCUCAUUUCUUGAAGAACCUAUUCAACACAGAGAACCGUGUCCUCAUUGACUUGCCUGAGUGGAGCCAAGGGUCUCUUACUGGCACUGAAAAAUCAGAGGAAAGUGAGGUUAGUGGUGGAGCAGAGACUGUGGAUGUGACAGAGCAGGAUGAGAGUUAUAUCGGCCUGCAUUCCACUCCUUCACACCACACCUGGCUGGAAAGCAGGCGGGAGGCGGUUAUAAAAGAAGAGAAUGAGAAAUAUUCAGAGACAAAGAAAAACCUGAGGAAAACUAUCAAAGAGUUACGAGACACUAUCCAGGAGAUGAUGCGUGAAAAUGAAAACCUCCCAGACAUUGAGCGUCUGGAACAACAAGAGUUCAACCUGGAUGUUGAGGAGCAGAAGAGACUUGAGGCUAUGGUGGAGCAGGAGGUUACCAGGGUGAAAAAAGAAAUCAAGUGGGAGAUUUUAGCAAAAUGUUACCUCUGUGAUGUCCUGAAGAGAGAGUGCUGGGAUUCAAUGAAGGUUAAGGGAAGGGCCAUUAAGGCGUUUCACUCUGAGCAUGAAGUGAAGAAUUACCCUCUGAAAGAGCGAACAGAGAAAGAGGUGGAGGAACUUCGCAGGGUUCAGAAUAUGAGGAAGUUUGAAAAGGCUGCCUGCACCCAAAGCAGCCUUAAGAAAAGUCCCAACACAACCUGUGCAAAGGAGGGAGAGCAGGGGGAGGAAAGCCACACAGCAGACAGUGCUGCUGUAACGGGAAGUUUCUCUGCUCAGUUAGGAUAUUCAAAUCUUUACAUCUAUGAUCAGUUCAGCCUGCAAACCACAGAACAGAGGAUCAACCAGAUAAUUCUCCUGCAGGAUGUGAUUUAUCGCAUCAAGACAGCUUUCAACACUGAAUUUGAGGCCGUGCACAAGCAGAAGGUGCAGGAGGUCAGCCGUGUGAGGGACAGGAACAGACACAUCAGGGACAUCAUGCUGGACCUGGACAUGAAGGAGAAGCUGUGGGAACCCAGCCUGACCAACAGUGAGUGGCCAGAGAGGCUGCUCACUGUGGACGACUCUGAGAUAAAAGCAGAAAAAUACCUCACCCCAGAGCAGAGACAGGAGGAGGAGAGGAAGACUUUGGAAGAGCAAAAACGUCUGGCUGCCAAGGCUGAUAAGUGCAGAGACAGGGCUCUCGAUGACAUGAUGGAUGGAGUACUUGAAGUGAAAAAAGAGGACAUCUUGAAAAUGGAAAUACCUCCGCCUGAGUUUGUUUUGACCAAACCUGACAUUCAGUGGAGUGAGGAGGAGAAAAAAGUCUUUAAAGAGUAUGAAAAGAAAACCAAAGAACUGAGCGAGGAGAAAGAGAAGUACAGAAAGUUACUGGAAACUGAAAUGAAAAAAUUGCAGGCAUCCACCAAGGAUGCAACUGAAAGGUUUGAUGAGACUUUGAUAAAGCUGUUUGAGAAGAAAGUGAAGUGUGAAAUGGCGACGUAUCAGGAAGAGCUCAAGAUCACUUAUCUUGUUUAUUCAGUAAUCAUAGAAGAGGAGAUGAGAAACCGAGAGCUGGAGCUCAAGCUCAAACUUGAAAAAACAUUGGCAUACAAGGAUGAAAUUGGGGAGGAGGUGAAGAGACAUGAAGAAGAAGUAGAAUUGUUUCAUGAGACUUAUGACAGUGUCGUAGCUGAGGACAAAGCUCUAGACAAAGAAUUCAGGAAGGAGUUCUUUGAUGUACCAGCCCAUGUUGUUGAUCACUUGUAUAAGCUGUUCAAGCGUAGACCCAGGGUUCAAAAGAUGAGGACCCAGAUGGACAACAACUGCAACCCAUUUAAAGAGCAGCGUCUGUGUGGUUCUCUGGCUCCAGACGCGCUUGGCAAAAUGCUUAAGGCCAUGGAGGAGCUGGAUGCUCCAGAGAAUAUACCAGAGGGCUUGAACCCAUCCAUCUGGGAGAGAUUCUGUCUUGUCCGCAGGACAAAAGUAGAGAGUGAGCAAAAGGUAAAAGUAAAAGCUUUAACUCUUGCUGAGAUGCAGGCGUUCCUACAGAAGAGGAGAGACGAGGAUAAGGCCACUCAACAGGAAAUUCAAAAUCUCUCUGAUGAAAUUGAAAGUCUACAUAAGGAGAAGAACCGUUUCUUGAUGGACAUCAUGGUCCAGGUCUUACUCAAACAAGGCCAGGUGGAGGUGUCCACCAGAGGCAUGACUGCUGACUACACUGACUCCCUACUUCUCCACAGAAGUGUAGUGGAGGACCUCAACAGAACCAUCAGGAUGCUUGGAGAGCAGAAGAUAGUUGCCAUGGUGGAGUGCAAAGACUUCCGUAAGGGCAUCAUCAAGCUAGAGUGGGAGCACAAGAUGAUGAGGAUGCAGAUAGAGGACCUCAACAACAAGAUGAGGGACGUCCAGAUGUUACGUCUCACUGAGGAGCAACAGGAUUAUCUCAACAAAACAGAUCAAGACAGUCGUGUGUCCAAACAAGUUUCCAUUCUGGAGAAAACAAUAGCUUUCCAGGAAAAGACCCAUCAACAGAGUGUGCAGCAUCGCAUUAAAAGGAUUGAACAGCUAAACAGACAGGCAGCACUGAAAGCUGAGAAGAACAAAAUUUUAGAAGAGCAGCUACCGAAUAUGCAGGUGACUGUGGCAGAGAGGAGACACAUCUAUGAAGCAAUAGCUUCAGAGGAAAAUCAGGCAGCUGAUACGGAGGAGCGCCACAAGGAAAUCGUUCAAAAGAAGAACUUGCAGGACUUUUCCAGAGCACAGGCGGAAGAGCUGGCCUUCCUUUGGGCAGAGCUUGAGCGUCUGAGGAGGAAGAACUUUCCCUCACUUGAUCAACUCAAACACAACUGAGCUGAAACAUUUUCUUCAAUACAUAACAGGGUUUUAUUUACACUUCUCUUCACAAUUUAACAUGAAAUUUACAACUAAAGCUGUGAACAAAACUUGUAGCAGCAACAAAUAAAACAAUAAGUAUAUUUGAAA